AUGUCGACUCCGGAAAGCACUAUCUUGGGUCUUCGCACUCAGAUUUUUGGCCACACCAAUGUGGUCAUUCUUACAACACGCGAGCGCGAGUGUCGUUCCGUUAACAUGUACCGCUUCGAAGCCAUCAUCGCAAAUGACAUUAGCAUGGGAACUAGAGUCUUUGUCAAGGCAUCAAGUCUGGGCUCGCACGAAGCAGCUUUGCGAUUGUUGCUUGAUAUCACUAGCGAUAUGAUGAAAGAGGUGCUAGAGGGUCAGUCUGCAGAACUUCUUGAUGUCAAACAUCUGUCUCCAGAUACUUCUAUUGCUCAGAACAGUACCGCCAAGCCGGUUCAAAAUACCAGCAGGCCUGUCCAAAACACCAGCAAGCCUGUUCAAGACACCAAUAAGCCAGUCAAGUCGCCAGAGGAGGUUGAGAUGAUGCGAUUUCACAAAGCACAUGGCCGGGUUCUCGAUCUAGCCUCCUCCAAGAGUGAAUCGUCUAGCUUUGCAUCGAAGUUCAGAAUCGGACGUCGAUGA